AAUUAUUUCUCAGAUAAACACCGGCAGAAGAGCGGGAGUCCCCCACUGCAGCAACGAUCUUCACUCGCACCUAAACCCUCUCAGAUGUUUUCAUGGGUUUUACAAAAAGUGCAAAAAGUCUGGCCUUCUGUUAUAUAAAAACCAGAAUCUUCAACUCUGAUUUGUUUGUCAGAAUUUUAAAUCAGCCAAAAGAUAAAUUUUUGAGCAGAUUCAAAAGCACUUUCAGUCCAGUCAAAAUGGACAAGGUCUACUUUAGAAAUGCCAGCGAUAGCACAGAUCUAGAUAUAGUCUUUCGCUUUGUAAACGCAAAUCUAAACAUAAAUCGGGAGUUUAACUUACGUCGCCAAAUGACUGAGCCCAUAGAAGCUAUAUUGGCUAGGAUUCAAAAUAAUGUACAAACAAAGCUGGCCAAGUCCUCCAAGAAAUCCAAAAAACCAGCUCCCGAAAUAGAAGUUAAGUUGCUGAAAGACAAUAAUGAGGGAAACUUCAAGGAAAUGACAUUCGGCGAGCUGUUUUCUAAGGAUUUCACUGGAGUUAAGCUGCAGGUGUUGGAUACAGCCUACGAAGUGGUCUUCAAUCCACCUUGGAUCUCAUCUAUUAAACUGCCUUCGUGCAUCCUGGCAGGAUUCGUGAUUUACCCGACCAAUCUGCAGAUACAAUUCGGUGAAAGGGAGUACAGCAAAGGUGUGUGGUUAAAGGCAAAAAAAUCAACAGACGCCGAAUGGACGCACUGCGGAGAAGGCUUUCAGUACCUAGUAAAACCAGAAGAUGUCGGUUACUAUUUAAAAUUUGAAUUAACCCCGAGAAAUGAACAGGGAAUAGAUGGUCCUGUGGUGGAGAAGAUAUUAAGCUCUGCAGUGCAGGAAUCACCAGGACUUUGUCCAUUUCAAAAACGACAAACCCACACUCCUGAUUACCUAAGUAACCCAAAUGAGAUUCGGGUGAUAACCUAUAAUCUGUUAGCUGAUUUAUAUGCCAGCAGUGACUAUGCUGGUAGCACUCUCUUCUCAUAUUGCCCUUCGAAAUACCUGCAAAAAGACUACAGGAAGCCGCUCUUCAUCAACGAAAUCAUAGGCUAUAACUCCGAUCUUAUUUGCCUGCAAGAAGUCGAUCAACGCAUUUUUGAUUUCGAUUUAAAGGAAAUUCUGGAACAACCUCCUUACAAUUUCCAGGGCCUGAUGGCUCCCAAAGGGAAAUGUGCCGAGGGAGUGGCCAUUUUCUUUCGGAAAUCGCGCUUCGAACUAUUGGACUCUCAAGUUCUGCAUUUAGGACCUAACAUCCCCAAACUGCCCGUUUUCCAGAGCCUUUGGAAUAAAAUCAAAGUUAAUUCCCAAUUAGCAGAUCGAAUCUGUGCGAGAUCUACUACCCUACAAACUUGUUUGCUCAGAAUUAAGGAUACGGAUAACUAUGUCCUUGUGGCCAACACGCAUUUAUAUUUUCACCCAGACUCUGAUCACAUUCGUCUCUUGCAAAUGGGAUUUUCCAUGCUCUUUGUAGAGGAUUGCAUUAGGAAAGCCGUAAAAGAUUUUAGUAUUGGAAGUACUGAAAAUAUUGGUCUGAUAUUCUGUGGCGAUUUCAAUAGCGUUCCCGAAUGUGGAAUCUACAAAUUGAUGACCGAACAGCUGGCGGAAAAAUCUCUAGAGGAUUGGCGUAGUAACACCGAGGAGGCGGUCACCGAUGUUGAACUCUCGCAGCCUUUUAAAAUGGUUUCAGCUUGUGGCGCCCCAGAGUAUACCCAUUAUACGACACUUUUUGCGGGUUGCUUGGACUAUAUAUUCUACCAAAACGACCGCUUCGAGUUGCUCAAAUAUGUUCCAUUGCCAACGGAGGAGGAGUUGAAGGAAAAUGCUGGCAUACCAUCAGCGGUUUUUCCUUCUGAUCAUGUGGCUCUCGUGGCCGAUCUUAGGUUUAAGUCGGUUGUUUCUUAA